GUUAUAAGUCGCAUUCACCACGGCUUCACAGGCAACAAAAAACCUAGCGACGCUACCUGCCCUCUACCCUGUGAAUUUUACUGAGAAAUCAAAACUGAUUCAUGGCUUCUUCCGCUAAUUCUAGGCUCGAAAUCCUCACUCGACACUUAACUUCAGCAGCUUUUGCCUCUAAGGCUGGAUCUGAUGGUCAAAAGUUGGAGUGGAUUAAGAUAUCACCUGAGGUAUCAGAAGCACUAAAAAUUGGCAGCCCAAUUGUUGCACUCGAAUCCACCAUAAUAUCUCAUGGAAUGCCUUAUCCUCAGAAUUUUGAGACAGCCAAAGAGUUGGAGGUCAUUGUGAGGGAGAAUGGAGCUGUACCUGCAACUAUCGCUAUUCUGGAUGGCGUACCAUGCAUAGGCUUGACUACAGAAGAACUAGAGAUUCUAGCACGUCUUGGUAGCAAAGCUCGAAAAACUGCUAGUAGAGACAUUGCAGUUGUUAUGGCAGGCAGGGAGAAUGGAGCAACUACUGUCUCUGCAACAAUGUAUCUUGCUUCAAUGGUUGGUAUUCCAAUAUUUGUGACCGGUGGUAUUGGAGGAGUUCAUAGACAUGGAGAGAACACAUUGGAUAUUUCUUCUGAUCUUACCGAGCUUGGAAAUAUUCCUGUGGCUGUGAUCUCUGCUGGUGUAAAAUCGAUACUAGAUAUUCCCCGAACACUUGAAUAUUUGGAAACUCAAAGAGUUACUGUUGCAGCAUAUAAAACCGAUGAGUUCCCUGCUUUCUUCACACAAACCAGUGGCUGCAAGGCACCUGCUCGUGUAGAAUCGCCAGAACAUUGUGCUCGAGUUAUUGACGCAAAUAUAAGACUUGAGCGGAAGAGUGGAAUAUUGAUAGCACUUCCCAUUCCACGGGAGCAUUCUGCUUCUGGAAGUUUGAUUGAGUCGGCAAUACAGCAAGCUCUCCAAGAAGCACGAGAGAAGAAGAUAACUGGCAAUGCUGAAACUCCAUUCUUGCUUGCAAGAGUGAACGAACUUACUGGUGGAGCAUCUCUGGCUUCAAAUAUUGCACUCGUGAAAAAUAAUGCCUCUGUUGGUGCUAAAAUUGCUGUUUCGCUUGCCCAGCUUCAAAAGCAUAGUGGUAAAAGGUUGUAAAACUCUGGCUUUCGCUCAUUGUUCAAGAUUCCCCACUGCUGCCCCGUGGGAGUCCGGACUGUGUCUCAGUGCCAGUGUGGCUGAUCAUCGGAAAAGAUAUUUUGCCCUUCUCCCUAUGAUAUCAGCUAAGCACUUUAAGCUCCAAGUCUGAAGCCAUUUUUACGGUAUUUUCGCUUCUAGUCCGGAUCCAUCCUAAACCAAAGAGCGGGGCUAAGCGAGGGGCAUAGCAAAGGAAGCAUGACAUUAGCGAUAGAAGCUUGUCUUUGCUCCGUUGGGAGUACUUUCCCCAUGAUCCCCAUGUAUAGAGAAGUUAAAGACGGUCUCCUGGCUGAUCAGGUGGUUGAGUGUGUGUAUAUAUAUAUAUAUAUAUAUAUAUGGCGUGUGUGUGUAAAAUGUAAAAUGGCCUCUGAGCUUAGAAAUAUGUCUAUCCCAUUUGACUAGUAUUGACCAAACCAUUUGAGAGAUGAUGCUAUAACCUUUUACCUAUCUUCAAGAGAAUGAACCUCAAGUUUGUUUUUCCUAA